UCAAAUUUCAAGGACAAGAAGAGCGUCUCUCUGCAACCAUUUUCAAAAAUUCAAAAAUCAUUUUAUUUCAACUUUUAAAUUUUACAUAUCUGUUUCUGUUGUUUACACAAUCAUGCGAUGAAACUCCUCAUUUAUGGGCGGGAAUAAGAACAACCCAAUUUAAAAUCCACAAUAAAAACAAAAUUUAUUAAUUGAAACCAAUAGCAAAAAGUUAAAAAAAUUCAAUUUUAUUUUAUGUUUAUUAUCAUUUUGAAUUCAUUCAAACUCACUCACUCACUCACGGCUCAAAUCACAUGCUGUUCCUUAUUUUUUAUAGAGAAAAGAAAAUAAGGUAAGAGCUUGCUAUAAAACAAGAAAUAGAAACCCACAUUAUCUGCUCAUACCCAGGCCACUGACAUUCCUCAGAUUUUUGCAGACUUCUCCAUUUUCUUCACUUGUUUUUUAAUUUGUGGGUUCUACUUUUUCAUUUAUUCUGAAUCUUGAAUAGCCCACUUUUUGUUUUUCGUUCACAUUUAUAACUGAACUAGUUUCCCAUCUGAUCUCCAGCUUUCUUUUGCUCUCUCCAGUCAAAGUUUCAGGGGAAAAAGCAUUCGUUUUGGUAGCUUAACUUAAUCUGGUGAUAUUUGGGUUGUUAAAUUGAGUUGUUGGUGGUGGUGCUGUUAGAUGGUAGUUGGGUAGAUUUCAAGCUAAGCUGGAAAUAUGAGAAGUCAAGUUAUGGCUUCAUUUGUUUAAUGUUUGAAUAAAUAUAUGUGAUCUUUGACGAGAUAGAGCUGUAGCCCCGGAUUUUGUGAUGGAGAAGAGAAAAUGGUUGUGGAAGAGGAAGUCUUCAGAGAGGAGCCCUGGCGAAACUGAGAGCUCCGGAUCAAUAUCUUCACAUUCUGAGAGAUUUUCUGAUGAACAGGACCCACUAAAGGCAUCCCCGAAUAAUGACUCUCAAUCUCCUGAAGUUACAUCCAAAACUGCAUCAAGGGAUGAAGACGUCAAUGUUAGCAUUAAGACUUUAACAGAGAGGUUAUCAGCGGCUCUUGUCAAUGUUAGCGCCAAAGAUGAUUUAGUAAAGCAGCACUCCAAAGUUGCUGAAGAAGCUGUUGCAGGCUGGGAAAAGGCAGAAAAUGAAGUAGCAGCUCUAAAGAAACAACUUGAAGCUGUAAUUCGUCAGAACUCUGUACUAGAAGAUCGGGCGAGCCAUCUUGAUGGGGCCCUCAAGGAAUGUGUUAGGCAAUUAAGACAGGCAAGAGACGAGCAAGAAGAAAAGGUUCAUGAAACUGUAGCUAAGAAAACCGGUGAAUGGGAAUCAACUAAACUUGAACUUGAGAGGCAACUUCUCGAGUUGAAGGCUGCUAAAUCAGAACCUACACCUCAGGUUGAUCGAGAUUUACUUCAGAAGCUCGAGCAUUUGGAGAAAGAUAAUGCUUCCCUUAAUCUUGAACUCCUAUCUCUAUCUGAGGAGUUAGAAGUUGCAACAAUUGAAAGGGACUUGAGUACACAAGCAGCUGAAAUGGCGAGCAAGCAAAACUUGGAAAGCAUUAAGAAAGUGGCAAAGCUUGAAGCUGAGUGUCGGAGGCUAAAAGCCAUGUCUUUCAAAUCAACAUCACUUUUUGAUCAUAAAAAUUCUACCGCUUCUUCAAUGUAUGUUGAAUCUCUCACUGAUAGUCAUUCAGAUAGUGGUGGGGAGAAGCUUAAUGCAGUGGAGCUUGAUACUCGCAAAAUGAGCAUCUCGGAGCCAUAUAAAUCCGAGCCAAGUUGCUCAGAUUCAUGGGCAUCUGCAUUAAUUUCUGGUCUCGAUCAAGUCAAAAAUGAUAAAGCUGCUAAUAGAAAUAUUCCUUCCUCAUCCAUUGAAAUUGACCUCAUGGAUGAUUUUCUCGAAAUGGAACGGCUUGCAGCUUUACCUGAGACCGAAAGUGAAACCCAUAAUUCUAAACCAGAAGCUACUGUCAAAGAAUCUAACGACUUGGAAGGCUCAUUGAGAGCUGAACUUGAAAUUAUGAUUCAUCGAACAGAGGAAUUGGAAGAGAAACUGGAGAAGAUGGAAUGCGAAAAACUUGAUUUGGAAGUGAAGCUACAAAAGAUGGAAGAAGAAAAACUUGAAUUGGAAGCGAACCUACAGAAGACGGAAGGAGAGAAAUCUGAAUUUGAAGAGAAGUUGGAGAAGCUACACGAAGAGAGAACCGAGUUGGAAAUGACUCUCACCAUAAGUGAAGAGAAGAACGAAAAAUUCCUGAUUCAGCUAAGAGAGGCUGAAGUGAAGUUGGAAAAACUCCGAAAAGAGGUAUCAAUGUCAAAUGAAUCAAAGCAACAAAUUGAAUCUCAGCUUGUUAGCAGGGAAGUCGAGGCUCGGGCAAUGGCUUCAAAGGUUAAUUCAUUAGAGGCAGAAAUUGGCAAAGAGAGGGUUCUAUCAGCCGAAGCCGGAGUCAAGUGUAAGGCAUUGGAAGAAGAACUCUCUGAAAAGAAACUGGAAGUUGAACUCCAUAGAACUGCAAGCACAAAUUGUGAGCCAAAGAUAAAGCAGGAGGACCUAGCUGUAGCUGCUGGGAAACUGGCUGAAUGCCAGAAAACAAUAGCAUCUCUAGGGAAGCAACUGAAAUCUCUAGCAACCCUUGAGGAUUUCUUAAUAGACACCGCCAGCAUACCGGAGUUUUUCGCAGACGAAUCGCUGAUAGCUAAAGCUAGUGGAGAACCAUGGAAGUUAGAUUCUGGUGACACAUUGUCACCUAGAAGAGAUUCUAGUGAGAAUUCUGGUCCUUCAGUCAAUAAAGCCGAAGGGCAUUCGCCGCCAUUAUCAUCGUCUUCGUCGACAGCAUCAGCUCCAUCGAAUCACAUAAGUUCUGAGAAAAGCCGAAAUGGGGGGUUUGCAAAGUUUUUCUCGCGAAGUAAGAAUGGAAUACAACUGGAAAUUUAGACAGGAUUAAGUAGGGAAGUGGUGGAAACAAUAUGUAACCAUGAUUUUUGGAUUGUAAAGACAGAUUUAUUGGAUGUUGAUUAAAUGCUGUUUAAUCAGCAUUGUUCAUUUAACUUUAAGUUCACUAUACAUCACACAUGAUUGAGUUCUCCAAGCAAA